CUGUAUCGGGGCCAUGGUGAGUUGGUGGAUACUUGUUCAGAUUGCCAAACACGCAAGCGAAUGAGUGUGAAAACAGCUCCAAGAGUUGAUCAGCUCUGUUUCACUUCUUUUCUGCUAAUUUUUUUCCCUGAAACUUGUUGCCUAUGUAAUCGCAAACCCAAGGUCCAGAGAUACAGAGCAUCUCAAUUUCCCCUCGUGCUAAUCCUGAUUCAUCAUAAUUGGGUCCAAUGCUGUCCACCCUAUCUUCUAACGAUUUUUUUUCUGAGUCACAUAUUCACCUGAUUGUGUUCCUUGAUUCUCACCUUCUCUGUUCACCUGAGAUGAAAUCACUUCUUUCUCCGAGAAAAAAAACUUUGAAAUGCUUGCAAAUCGGUUUCUUAGUCUUGUCACGACCCCACCUACUUAACAAUAUUUGCCUGCUGAGAGUUUCGGCAGGUUCAGGAGGCCACCACGGACCUCUGUAUGACGAAACUCCGGCUGUGGAGUCGAGUGGUAACAGGACACCAGUUAUUUGGAACAAGGUUUAGUGAAAGCAUCAACACCGUUAAAGAUGUCGCUGAAAAAUCUCUUGAGAGUGAAUCAAGCGUCCUCUCGAAUGUAGAGAAAUCAGUGAAGAAAGAUAUUAGCAACGAGUUCAACGACUAUGGACAUCACAUGUGGGAUUUGAAGUAAUCGGAUACAUCUGCUUGCUUAUCUUGAAGGGAAUCUGUGACUUAACAAUUUGCUUGCAUAAAAGCGAAUGUAAACCG